AUGCGGUAUUGGGGCACCAGAUCAAAGCAUAUAUAUUUUUUUUUUAAAGAAGAGAAAAUAUUUCAUCGAUUUCGUUCAUUCCUUUUUACUACAAAUGAUGAUUUAUGUAACAAAUUAAAAUAUAAUAAUUAUAUGAUUAGAUUAGUAAAAAAUUUGAAAAAAAAAAGUAGCGAUAAUGAUGGUGAAUAUGCUAGUGGUAAUGAACAUAAUGAGAACACCGUCAUGUCCAAUAUUGAUGCAGGAAUGUGUUAUCUUUAUAAAGAUGUAGAUAUUAUAAAAAAAAAUAUUGAUAAGAAAGAGACAAUGCUAUAUAAUUACAAAAGCAAUAAUAGUCUUAUUAAUUUAGAAAAUACACAAAACGAAAUAAAUGAACAUAAUUUUAAUUAUAAGGUUAUUACUAGCCAAAAUAAUAACAAAAAAAAAAUGUGUAUAAAUAAUACAAAAAAGGUGUAUAUAUUUAUUAUGAACAAUUUAAAUACUUUUACUGCAGAUCAUAUUUUAUUAGUAUUAUAUAGUUUUUUGUUUAACAAUGUAAAUGUGGAAUAUUUAAGACAAAUAAGUGAGCAUGUUAUAAAUAAUAUUUAUAAUUUUAAAACUAAUGAAUUACUAUUAAUACAUUUAUUUUAUGUAUACUAUCAAAGUGAUAAAGGGAAUUCAAAAGACGAUUAUUUUAAUUACAAUGAUGGAUUAUUACAUUAUGAUAUAAUGUCUCGUUGUAUUUAUGAAAGCAAUGAAUUAGUAAGAAAUAUAUCAGGGUUAGAUACAAAAAAGGAGCUUUUAAAAAAAAUUAUAUUAACAAAUUUUGAAAAACAAAAUUUAGCUAACAAAAAUAAUAUUCAAAUAAAUGCUUUAGCUAAAAAUUUAAUGAAAUACAGCACCUAUUUAUUUUAUAAACGAAAAAAUGAUUUAAAUUUAGAUCAAAUCACAAAAAUAUAUUUUUUAUUUACUACAUAUAAUGUAUACAAUAACGAAUUUCUCAAUCAUUGUGCUACCACAUUUUUUGAAAUAUUAAAGUCGUUAAAUCUUAGCAAUUUAAAAAAUGAAAAAGUAAAUAUUCAAAAUAUAAAUAAACUCCAUAUGAUUAUCCAAUGUUUCUACUACAUAUCUGGAAUAGCAAAAAAAGAUACUAUAACAAAUAAGACAAAUAAAAAAAUUAAAAAUAUAUACAAUACAAAUAUUUUUUCUGAUUUUUACAAAUUUAUCAAAACAAAUUUUACCAUACUUAGACAUGCCAAUACACAUCAUUUAUUUUUACUAUUGAAAAUGAUCGACAAUAUUGACUCGGUAGAAAAUGGCAUUAAUUAUGAUUCAAUUCAUCAAUGUGAACAAAAUGAAAACACUAAAUUUAUUAUUUUAUGUCUAAUUGAUGAAAGAUUAAAAUGUAUUUCUCAAUAUGUAAAUGAAUAUGACACUAUAAAAUGUAAAAACAUUGCCAACUGCAUAAAAAUAUUUAAUCAUAUUCCCAUUCUAUAUUAUGAUUAUUAUUGUUCAAAAUUUGGUUUUAAUAAUAAAAAACAAAUGCCUGAAAAAGAUUCCUUAUAUUUCAAUGGAAAUCAUAAUUUUGAUGUAUUGGUAUCUUCUAAAGAAUGUGAUAAAGGGGAUGCUAAUCUAGACAUUAAGACAAGCAAUUCAGAUUCCCUUAAAAUGGGAUUCAAUGAAUUAAACUACGUACAUUUUUUAAAAAAGAAUAACUAUUUCAUUAAUAUGAAAAAUAUUGAUAUAAAAAAAUAUUUGUCAAUACUUCUUUUAGCGAUAGGAAAGACUCCAAAUUAUAAACACAUGUUAACUUAUUUUAUAAAUAAUUUAGAAACAAGCACAAAUAAUAUAAAUUUAUUAUUGUUUUAUACAGAAUCAAUUAGUACUUAUACAAAUAAUAUAUACACAUUGCUAUAUGUAGAUUAUUUUGUCAAAAAAAUUACAGAACAAAAUGAAUUAUCAAAUAGUUAUAAAAUAGGGGCGGAUAAAAUUGUAAUACUAUUAUCGUGUCUUCGAAAUUUUAUAAACAAUAAAAAUUAUGUUGAUCAUCAUAAUUUUUAUAAUAAAAUGAAUAGCAUAUUGGAUAAAUGCGAUUUUGAAAAAAACUCAGAAGAAUUUUUUAUGUUAUUAUACAAAACUAAACCAGAUAUAUAUGACUAUGUUAGUCAAAAUUUGCUAACUAUCAAUAUGAAAAAUGUUGUAAACUUAGAACAAUUUCUUUUUCAUUGCUCAUAUAAAAAUAUGAUUAUAAAUACGUUUAAUUGUUUAAAGAAUUUAUUAUUCUACAUAAAUAAUACUGUAUUGAUAUACAAUAUUUUAUACUUAUUUUUAGUUAUCAAUAAUUAUUACAAUCAAUUUGAUGCUAAUACUUCUAGCGUUGCAAAUAGAAUAGCACAAAUACUUUUCCAAAAAUUAUUUAUUUUAAAAUUUUUAAAUAUAUAUUCAGAUAAUCAAAAUGCAUAUUAUAACGUUGUUAGUAAUAUUGCGAUUUAUAUUAAAUUAAAUAAAGAGAUAGACGAAGAUUUAUUAAAAUCUAUUAUUAAUAUAUAUUUGCAAAACAAUAGUUCACCAUUAAGUAACAAUAUUUAUGAGCAGAUUACCAACCAACUUAGACCUAUUUAUAAUCAUAAUUUUAAUUUAAUUUACAAAGACGGAACUUAUAAUUUAUCUACAAAUAAUGAAAUUAAUCAAAAGGACAUAAUUGCAUUAAUCAAAACUAUGAUAGAAAAUAAGUAUGACCUAUGUUUAAUUAAUUUAUUUAUUUUAUUUUAUCAAAAAGCUAACUUUAAUAAAUUGUAUGAAGAAAUUAGGGACUAUUUAUAUACACACGUUACUGUGUAA